AGCUGUCUAAGUUCAAAAGUAAGAUUCCCAUCUUUUUCUUCACCUUAUAUGUAUAUUGCUCAUUAUGAAUGUAACUUAAAAAGUUUCACGCAUUUGGUAGAACCUACUUGCAUAUGGAAUGUCUGACAAGAGUGGUUCCCCAUGCUUUUUUGGACUUUCAAGCCUCAUGAAUUUUAAUCAUGUAACUUCUUCAUAUUGGUCAUUGUUUGUCCUUAAAUUUCAGAAUUUCCCAAUCGUGGUCAUAGCAGAAGUUUACAAUUUCAUCCCUCUCUGUCCCAUUCGCAUCCCAUCCCUUGUAGCUAAAAUAUGUGCCCCUCAUCAACAACAGUAAGUGCAAAUUAAACUACCUACGGAGUCUCAUUUUUAAGAAAUAUGUUUUUUAAUUGCAAAUUUUAAACUUUGUAUUGAUUCUUGGAUUCCUCAUCUUUUUCAUGCCCCCUUUAUUAGAUAAGCACCAUUUAUGAUGUAGCAGAAGAAAGAGCCUUUUUUUUUUUCUCUCUUUUGCGCAAUAUUUUUAUUCCUUUUUCUUUGUUUUUUUAUUUUUUUACAUGUUCUUUUUGUUUUUAAAUAUGUUAGCUAAAUCAAUUAUGCAUGUUCAGAGAUAUGAGAUCUCCAAGAACCUCUACCCCAAAAGUACUACUAUAAUCUGGAAUGAAACUGUGCUAAGAUCAUUCAUCAAUCACAUGGUUGAGAAUGUAAGGAAAGCUUUGAAGACAAACUCCACAUUCACAAAAGUUGGAUGGGAAAACAUUAUGAAAGGACUUGAAGCUGAAUUCAAACGGCCCUUUGCAAAGGAGCAACUUUGUAACAAGAUGAACAAGUUACGACAGGAGUAAAACAGCUUCAGGUCUUUGUUAGAAACAACCGAUUUUGGAUGGGAUACAAAUGCUAGGACUGCUACAGCUGAAGAUUCAGUGUGGGAAUCUGCUAUUCAAGGAAACAAAGAAUGGGCAAAAUAUAGAUUGGCCAUGGUGGCUAGAGUUGUUAGAGAUCUUCUCCGACUCAAGUGCUCGUGGGGAUAGAGGUCUUUCACAAGCAACUAUUGUAACUCCUAGGUCCACUAACCUUGAAAUUGAUGAUGAUGAUUUUCAAGUUACUGAUAAUGAUGAUAGUGAUGCUUGUACUGGCACACCCAAGGAAUCAGCUCCUUCAAAGCGGCAACUUGACAGGACUUCUACGGAUCGUAGGAGGAAGAGCUAGACAUGGAUAGUCACGAACUCUGCUGAGGACUUUAGAACCUUUAUCCGAUGGAGGAUGGAAAAGGGAUCCACCUCUGCACCUCAACCGUUGUCUGACCUCUUGACCUUAUUGUUGAUGGACCAUAUAGCAUAAUGAGCUGUCAAAAGCUGCUGGACAGUUGAGAGGAUAUCCCUUUGGAUUUGUAUGUGUUGGUGCUGUGUAAGAUACACAGUGAUUCUAGUUGGUGCAUGUCUUUUGUGGAAGUAAGACCUGAUAGGAGAUUGUGGAUGCUACAUGGUCUGAAGGAGUGAAAGUAACAGUUUUUAAAAUGAAUGUUUUUAAGGGAAACUGAAUGACUUGUUUU